AUGGUCGGAAAGAAGAAGGAAACCACGACGACGACCUUGGAGGACUUGAUAGAGAAAGCAGGAGGUUGCGCUGUCGUGGACGGAGGGUUCGCCACACAAUUGGAGAAACACGGCGCUGCCAUCAACGACACUCUCUGGAGCGCCGUUUGCCUCGUCAAGGACCCAGACCUAAUCAAGAGGGUUCACUUGGAAUACUUGGAAGCCGGCGCCGAUGUUCUGGUCACUUCGUCUUACCAGGCAACAAUUCCCGGCUUUUUGUCCAAGGGACUGUCCAUUGAAGAAGGGGAGUCACUUCUGAAGAAGAGUGUAACAUUAGCUGUCGAAGCUCGGAAUAGUUUCUGGGAAACAAUGAAAGUGAUUCCAGGGCAACAUCACUUUAACAGGGCUUUGGUUGCUGCCUCUAUCGGAAGCUAUGGCGCUUAUCUUGCGGAUGGUUCUGAAUACAGUGGGGAUUAUGGACCGAACGUGGAUUUGAAUAAGCUGAAGGAUUUCCACCGCCGCAGAUUGCAAGUUCUUGUGGAAGCAGGUCCGGAUUUACUCGCAUUUGAGACCAUUCCUAAUAAGCUUGAAGCCAAGGCCUGCAUUGAGCUGCUUGAAGAAGAAAAUGUUGAAAUCCCAUCGUGGAUAUGUUUCAGCUCUGUUGAUGGUGAGAAUGCCCCAUCUGGAGAGAGCUUCAAGGAAUGCCUUGACGUAAUAAACAAAAGUAACAAAGUAAAUGCAGUGGGGAUAAACUGUGCACCUCCUCAUUUCAUUGAAAGUCUCAUCUGCAAAUUUAAGCAGUUAACCAGUAAGGCAAUUGUUGUGUACCCUAAUAGUGGUGAGAUAUGGGAUGGCAAAGCUAAGAGAUGGCUGCCUUCCAAGUGCUUCGAUGAUGACAAGUUUGAAUGCUUUGCAACAAGAUGGCGUGAUUCAGGCGCUAAGCUCAUAGGAGGCUGUUGCCGGACAACACCGACAACCAUUCAAGCAAUUUCUAAGGUUCUAAAGGGAGUAUACCAGUGAUUGUUUGCAACAAUGACAGUGUUAUAACCAUUCUAGCUUAAUCAAAGUAUGGAUAGAUUUCAUUUGAUUACCAAAGAUUGAGCAAGAAGGGCACAGUUAUAUUUACUGCUAGGAAUUCUAGGAUUACCAGGGCACAGAACGAUUAAAUUGGUCAUAGGAACUUUGGCUUUCUUUGGUAUCUUAGUAUCUACUAAUGCUCAAGGCUUUUAAGAGUGUAUUGACAAAGGGAAGUUGUUAUUUUAA